AUGAAGCAUUUGGUUGGAAAUAUAUACAAAUGUGAUGAAGUCGAAGCUGAAGAGAAAAAGCAAGGACGUAAUCGUAAGAAGUCUAAGCAAGAAACAAAGGAUAAACAAUCUAAAGCUAAACUAGCAGAAGCACUUCGACGCAAAUUGGACAUAGGACAAGCGAACCCAUAUUUUCUACUUGAUUUGCCAAUAGUACGAAACGAGAGGAUACUUCUUUCUAUCCUUAGUUCAGGGAGUGAAUUCACUGGCCAGCAGAUGUAUCACUUUAACUAA